AUGCAAUACCAAGCUAUACUUAUCAACGGCGGAACUUUUGGAAAACGGGUUAAACGAGAACUUGAAAAGAAUGGCCUAACUAAAGUCCUUCUGAUUGAGCAAAACAAAGAGUUGCGGAGAGCAAACGCAAUAGCAAAGACCCUUUUUCAUGCAGCAGCUACGAGUGUGCAACGGCGCGAUUAUUAUUAUGACUACGCCAUAAGUAUUCCCCAAGAAUUACCCGAUUGGGAAAUUUUACGAACAUCAAUAAGAGCGAAAUUAAAGCAGGCCAACGAGUGCGAGGGAAUCGAACCCGAUGAGAUUUGGACGGAAGAAGUUCAAAUAGACCAAACGACAGUAAAGAUUGCCGAACAAACUUAUCAAACAGAUAUUUUGAUUUUGAUUAAAAAAGAGAUAGCAAAAGUAAAAACAACCUUUGAUAAUCUCUAUCUUUCUCUUUUAGAUAAAGAAAGACUUCCCAAACGUUGGGUUCUUUUAGGCGAAGACCAAAAAACCGUUGAGGCCGCUUCUAUUUUGGCCGAUUUAGGUUGCAAGGUCUAUAUUGUUAGUGAAAGUCCUACUCUCCUGCCCAGUAAGGAAACGAACUUGCAAGAGAACAUCAAAUCUAUUUUACUGGAUAAGGGCGUUAGUAUUUUCUUGCAAACCAAAAUCAAGCAAAUUGAUACGGUUGCCGAUCGACAAACACUUGUGAUUUUAGAGGCUAACGAGAUAGAGCAGCAAAUUCAGACAAUCGAGUAUAUCUUAAAAGAAACAACUUACUCACUAACCGAACAAAAACUAGAUACGGGUAAGUACAUUGAAAUUUGCAGUCCAGAAACCAGGAUUGGCCGGGCAGAAACUGAUUUGUUGCAAAUACUAAUCCCUAACCUUAUCUGGCCCAAAUCAAAGUUUUUCGCCAUUCCAACCUUUAUCUAUACUAACCCUGCUGCCGCAUAUGUAGGAUACACAGAAGAAGAGGCACGGAACCAUAACUAUCUCGUUCGCACCAGUAAUCCUAGGUUUAGAGGACUUUUCUAUUCCGUUUGCAAAUCAAAAAUACCGACUGAUUAUAAACUAGUUAUCGCCACUGAAGAGAAAGACUUUAUCCAGGAAGAGAAGGUUAUUGGCAUCCAUCUCUUUGGCACCAGUAGUUGUGACAUUAUAAAAGGCUUUGCAAUUGCUAUGUACUGUGAGAUCUCCCCUGAAGAACUCCUAAAAACUCUCCCCAUUCAUCCCACCUCUGCCGAGGAACUUAUCACUGGCUAA